ACUUCUUAACCUAAAGUUCUAAUCCAUCUGUGCGCCUGUGUGCCAUCUUCACUCUGAGCUCCGGACAGCAUGUGGGAAGACAGCGCAUCCUUCUCUCCGUCCUUUAUGGAGCUUUUCAAUCAUCACAUUCAUCUAAAUCGUUUUGCUCCGACAUGCAGUCUGCUGAUGCUGAUGUUGGUGCUCUUUUGGAGCGGAAAUACAAAAGGUGUCUCAGUGACUGGUGGAGACCUGACCGUGGUGGAGGGACAUGAUGUUACUUUACCCUGCAAGAUGACUGAGCAGGAGAAGACACUCACUCAGAUAUCAUGGAGGAGGAAGACCAGAGGAAUGCCUGGAAAUCCUUUUUUUUACACCAUUUCAGAAGAAAACGGUCAAAGUUUUGUCAAUGAUCCUGAUCCUCGAAUCAGUUUCAUUGGAAAUUUUGCAGAGAGGGAUGGAACUCUACAAAUAUCCAAUGUUUCAUUAAAUGAUGAAGGAAGCUACACGUGUAUUUUUUCUUUGUUUCCCAGUGGAACUUACAGUACAGAAAUACCUCUACGAGUAGAAGUCCCUCCAGCUACAAGCCUCAACUCCACCCUUCUUGUUUUGGGAAAUGAAGAAGUUCUUCUUGCCACCUGCACAGCUGCUGCCUCCCGGCCCGCUGCGCAGCUGCGGUGGAUCAUUGGCGCUCUUGGGAAGAAUUUAAGGGAAACGACCAGCGUCACGGAGCACGAUAAUGGAACCACGACCACGGUGUCGUCGCUGUUUGGAGUGCCGAGGAGAGAAAUCAGCGGUCAUGAAGUGCAGUGUGUGGUCAGCAGCUCGGCCCUGGCAGAAGAACACCGCGAGGCUUUCACCUUACAGGUCUUCUUUCCCCCCAUGAACGUGACCAUCGUAGAAACGUCAGACGACACCCUUGAAUGUGUUUCUGAGGGAAACCCAGAGCCGAGCGUCAGGUGGACCAGAUCUGACAAGACUUUACCCGAGUCUGACUUCAGAGUUGAUGGUGGGAAGCUGACGUUUCUGCGAUGCGCUUCUGAUCUGAAAGGCUUCUAUCAGUGUGAGGUUUCAAACCCAUAUGGACAACAAAGCCAGCAGGUCUACUGGACUGUUGUUUCAGUAUCCAACCCUCUUCCUUGGAUCUUACUUGUUCUUGUGCUUAUCCCGUACGUCAUCAUUGCAGUGCGGUUCUUCUAUAAAUCUGGAUAUAUUGCAAGAAAGUUUCAAAGGAUUCCGACUCAUUUCAACUCAACAGAAAUGGUGGUGUGGUUCUGUCUGGAGGCAGGGUGAGUAGCUGGUACAAUGGCUUUGCCACUUUAGAGAAAUCUGGGAUAUAAACCCUGUAGUAGGAGAGGAAGCCGAGGACUCUGCUCAGUUCUCCCACUGUGGAUGGUGGUUUAUCCUUGAGGGCUUGGACAGGUGCUACCUCAGCUGGAUCCAUGGUGUAUAACCCUCCUCUGACACCAUCCGGCCAAGAAAACGCACUCUCCGCUUGAAGAUGUCACACUUCUUUGGGCUGAGUUUGACACCAUGUUUCUGGUAUCUCUGCAAUACAGCACGGAUAUGGUCCAGGUGGCUGCUGAAAGAAGGUGAGUGGACGAGGUUGUCAUCUAGGUAUGGCUGGCAGACAACGUCACGAAGGCCUCUCAGACAGUCCUCCAUACUCCUUUGAAACUCUGCUGGUGCUGAGCUGAGGCCAAAUGGAAUGCGGUUCCACUGGUACAAACCCCAAGGUGUUAUGAAGGCUGUGAGGGGACGACUUUCAGAGUCCAGGAACCCCUGAUGAUAUGCUUUUCCCUGAUCAAGGACCGAAAACCAGGAGCUGCCAUGCAGGGAGUCAAGCAUAUCCUGGAUCCUCGGAAUUGGAUGUCUGUCUGGUACUGAUUUACGGUUUAGUUCUCUGUAAUCACAGCAUAGCCUCAAUUCUCCUGUCUUUUUUCGGACACAGACAAUUGGGGAGGAGUAUGGUGACCUUGAUUCUGAAAUCCAUCCCCGGUUCAGUAGAUCUUGGAGGUACUCUUUCACCUCUUGGUGCAGGGGUUUUGGCACUGAUAUGUAGGUUUUUCGAACAGGAGUAGUGUCAUGCAGUGUGAUGUGCAUGCUUAGGCUGGGGAUGCAUCCCACGUCCUUAUCAUCAUAAGCAAAAGCAUGGCACUCCUCCCUUAAGAGCUGUUUCACAAUCUGCUGCUCGUCAUCAGUGAGGUGGUCUAACUUGACAGGUGGAUCCCACUGGGAGGGCUUGUUGUUGUGCUGUGGGUGAGUGGUUACCUCAUUUAACUGUAGAGGAUGUUGCACCAUGUUCUGUUCAGGUGUCUCUGGUAUCUUGUCAGGAGGCUCCAUUGUGAGAGGAUACACCGUUUUCGUUUCUUCCAGGUGGCCCAGGAAUGUGCGAGGGAAUAUGGUGACAUCCGUCUUGGUGGUGUUUGCAAUUGCCACUGGGAUGCAUGCAAACCUUGCUUCGCUGAUAGUGACGAGCCCCUCCUGGAUCACCAGACCUUCAGGCAGCUGUGAAGAGACACUUGGAACAAACAACAGGCUCUCCCCCGCAAACUGGGCUCCAACCUGUGCGUGAACAUAAGAAGUGGUUAUCUGUUCAGCAGCUAGACGAAUUCCCCUCUUGCCUGUCUGCACUGUUCCAACACUUUCGUAUGGAUCUGGUGUCUGGAGUAACUUUAGCAUGGAUUUCGCUGUGCCUGCAGUCACUGAGAAGAUUUCACUGAUUUUUUGAAUGUUCUGUAAUCUUGGUUGUCUCUUAUCCCACUUCCCCACUACUUCCUCAAUCACAUUGAAUCCAAUAAUAGGCUGUUCUGCAACAUUGGGGUCACUGGAUAGUAGCAAGGGGACUAAAAGUGUUCUUUUGGGGCAAUUGUCACAGUCCAAAUAAAACUCAGUCUCUAUCCAUCCAUCAUAUGGAAUUUCACUUCCAUUUGCAGCCAAUGCUACCAGUGGUUCUGUCCCCAAAAGCUCAGAAAGAGGCUUGACAGUGCUCUGUGGGAGGUGCUGUUUGCGCCACUCAUUGUUGAUCAGACUUGCCUGAGCUCCAGUGUCCCAUAGAACCUCAACUGGUACGUUGUCCAAGUGGCACUGGACCGUGCAUCUUCUCCCAAUGAGGCUGAUGAGCUUGGUUUGGCGUUGUGAGGGCAUGUAGCCACUAGAUGGCGCAUUGCCGCUUUCACUGUUGUUUGGCUGUGGGGUGUCUGGAGGAAAAUCUGUGUUUUCACCUGAUAGUCCUUGUGAAGAGGAGAAGGUGUUUGGCAGGAACACAGAACUGACUUGGGACCUGGAGGGCUGGUGGGCUACUGGGGGUCCCGGGUCAGCAGCCCUCUCCCGUUUCCCUGAGUGAACCUGGUCUGCCUGCAGCCACGAGAGAGAUGACCUUCCUGUCCACAACGAUAGCAGUGUCUACAUGUGUCGCCAACCUGAGCCUCUCGGCACGCUUGACAUCCUCUGGCCCAUCUUGCUGCUGGUGGUACUGGAGUGGUGGUCUUGGGUUUUGGCUUUGUUGCUUCUAAUGUGUCGCUGACCAUUUUCCUCACUUCCAGAACUUCCGCCUUGAGACCCUCGAUUAGUUUUGCCACCUCUGAAUCUGAGUUUUUACUUUGCCCUUGUUUUUUCUUUGUGAGGGCUCCUGCACCUCCUGCCACUUGAGUCUCUUCAGUGGUGUCAGCAACAGUGUUCAGCGGAGGCUGUCUAUUGUUGUGCUGAAGCUCAGUUUGUAUUUCAUUUACUCGUGGUGGCUUGACUGUUGUGUUCCUCCGAAGCUUGUUUUGGCGCUCUAGCUCAAGACUGGCAGCCUCAUUUAUCUUCUCAAUGAGAACCUCAUCAGUUACUUUGGGGUUGCUGAGGUGAGGUUUUAAUUGAAACUUCACUGCCUCACUAAGCAAACCAGUCUCGAGUGAUCGCAGGAACUUACGUUGGAUUAAGUCCGAGCUGAACUGCUCCUCUGUGGCCUCAUCACCUGACUUCCAGAGCAGUUUCUCCCUGAGCUCUAUUGCUCUGAAAAGGAAGUCUUGAGCAGAUUCUUUUGCAUCUUGGGAUAUGUUCAUGAGCCUAUGAAGCAGGUCAGAUGAAGAAUCCACUUUAUAAUGUCCUCUCAGUAUGGUUCUUAAUGUGGGAAGUGUGAGGUCUCGCUUCACUUCCAGCAGAUCACGAAGAUGAAGGCCAGGGCUUACUGCUUUAAUCACAGCUUCAAUGAUUUCUGACUCUGAGUAGCCUUUCUUAAGGCCGGACUCGAUCUGGUUGGUCAGACUGGUAAAAGAUAAUUUUUCCUUCUGUCCAGCCUCCCCGAUUUGACCCCAUAUCCUGAAAUCUUUCCUCAAUGUCACCUCUGGUGUGAAGGAUGAAGGCUGACUGACUUCUCUUUCUUUUGCAAUUCUGCUCCCCAAAGCUUCAAUCUUCUCCUCCAGAACACGACGUGCUUCUGCCUGAGCCUGCUGAAGCUGUGCAUACUCUUGCUGCAAUUUUGUUAUUUCACUCGAUUCUGGUUGUUGUAUGUCUUCUUUGUCUGUAAUCUGUGUUUGUAAUGACUUUAUAAGUGACUGGAGAUCACUGAUGCACUGCUGGAACACAAGAGAUUCCUCCUCCUCCUCAAUUUCAUCUAAAGUUUUCUCCACGAGCCGAAUCAGGAACCGAUGGGACUGUCCGUUGAAUCCCUUACCUGAUGGCUCACUGCACUUCAGAUGCUGACACACCUUGAUGAGUUCUGAUUUCUCCAGGUUCCACAACACGGCACUGAUCUCAUCUUUGAGUUCCUCCAUCUUGGUCUUGCGUUCUUUCCUUGUUGUCUAGGUUCGUCUCUGAAGAAGGGACUGUAUCUUCGUUCUCCACACAAUCCCUCCUGGCUGGCUCGCCAGAAUGUUGCACGUGCACAAGGAUGACACCGGAUGUCCACGUGCCAAUGGAAUUUAUUUUUAUACAGGGGUUCUGCAAACGCAAUACAAACAAUAAAUGUUUGGAACAUAUAUGCUGCUCUCUGCCCCGAGUCCGCUCCUGUUCUGGCUUCUUUGUGGGUUUUUUCAGUUUUCUAACACAAAUAAUGCAAAACUAAACAAUAAUACUACAAAGCAUAACAUGAAAACACAUAACACACAACACUGUGAAGAAUGAGUAGACUUCCUCAAAACAUAUCUAUGGCACUUGUGCACUUAACUCACCUGCAAACGCAAUACAAACAAUAAAUGUUUGGAACAUAUAUGCUGCUCUCUGCCCCGAGUCCGCUCCUGUUCUGGCUUCUUUGUGGGUUUGAGCAACAGCACCACUUUCCUCUAAGAAUACUCAUGCUGCCUCCUACUGGCAGAUUUGAGUAUUGCCCGAGAUCCACAGCAAGCAGGUGAGCAGUGACACAAGGCUUACAAUGAAAUCAAUUGCAAUAAAAUAAAAGUGGGGGGGCAAGACAAUCAACAAAACUACAAAUCUGGACAUCAAAAUAACAAACUGAAUGUCCAGGGUGCCACAUUCGAAAUGACUAAGGAACUGCGCUAAAUGGGCCAAUUUGCCAAAAUGUUGAAGUAUCGCUUUAAAUUGAGAAGUGAUUGGCAGAAACAUCUUUCAUACACCCAAUUAUCUGGCUACUUACCUGUUUAAGGUGGAAAGCUAUAUAUAUAGUUGUUGUGGAAUGAUAAAGGAGCUGCUGACACAACUUGCAUUUGGCUUUUUUUUGGUCAUCUUUGACUUGUUCUGAAGUUUUUUUGCCGACAUUGU